AUGCUCCGUCUCAGCCCCGACCCAAGCUUCCACUUCGAAAUCCUCCGCGCCGUCUCCAUAGCGCCCUACCAAGGCGCCGACAUAGGCGAGGUCCUCACCGCCGCAGCAGCCAUCCUCCCCGGCGACUUCGAGAGCUACUACGCUGCCUUCCACUCCCUCGCCCUCCGCGUGCGCAAGCAGGCCGCGACCAUCGACCCCAACAAGUUCCCCGUCUCCGCCAGAAACGCCUACUUCCGCGAGGCCACCUAUCUCCGCUCGGCAGAGUUCUUCCUGCAUGGCAACUGGGACGACGAGCGCAUCAAAACCACCUGGACGGAGCACAGGGCGGCCUUUGACAAGGCGCUUGCGCUGCUCCCCGUGCCGGGCGUGAGGGCCGACCUCCGGGCCGAAGGGGGGGAGUUCCGCGUCCCCGUCAUCUUCUACGGCUGCGGACGGCCCGGCCGGCAUCCCACCGUCAUCAUGUGCAACGGCUACGACGGCUCGCAGGAGGAGCUGUAUCAUGUUGCCGCCGAGGCCGCCCUCUCGCGGGGCAUCAACGUCAUCACGUACGAAGGACCGGGCCAGCCCACCGUUCGCCGCGAGCAGAACCUCGGCUUCAUCCACCAGUGGGAACGCGUCGUCUCCGUCGUCAUCGACUACGCCCUGACGCGAGACGACGUCCAGCCCGACGCCCUAGGCCUCUGGGGAUACUCCCUGGGCGGCUUCCUCGCUGCCCGCGCCGCCGCCGCCAUGGAACCGCGCUCCGAGCCUCGCAUCGCCGCCGUCAUGGCCAUCGACGGCGUCAGCGACUUUGGCGCAGGGGUGCUCGAAAAGUUCCCUCCGGAGCUGCUCGCCCUGUUUCAGAAUGGCAACAAGGAGGCCUUUGAUCAGGCCGUCAGAUCAGCCCUGUCGAGGCCCGGCGCGCCGACCCCUUUUCGCUGGGCCGUUGAGCAGGGUCUGUGGGCCUUUAACCUCAAGUCGCCGUUUGAGUGGGCGACCAAGUGCCUCGACUUCAAGCUGGGCGACGCCGUCCGCCAUAUUGGGGUGCCGUUCUUCGUGGCGGACGCGGAGAAUGACGAGUUGUUGCCUGGGCAGGCAAAGGGGCUUGCGGACGAGGUUGGAGAGCUGGCGACAUAUCACUUGUUUUCAGCCGAGGACGGGGCGGGAGAGCAUUGCUCCAUCGGCGCGGCUGUGCUUCAGAACCAGGUUGUGUUCGACUGGUUCCAGGACGUGGUGUCGAGAAAGUGA